CCGUGUUCGCCAAUGCGAUAGUGUCCUCCUCUAUCGUUGCACGAUACCUCCGGUGAAGAGAAGAAGAAGAAGAAGGAAGGGGGAACGAACCGUUCUCCUUUUACCUUCGAUAGAAUUUGUCCGAGACCUUGAUCGAGCCAGCCGUAGUUUCGACAAAGUUAUUCGUAAGCCGGUUACGAGCGCGAUCGUCCGCCUGCCCGCUACGUAUCGUCGCGAUAGCCGUCUAGAGGACGUCCCGAUCCGCUGGUUCGACAGAGGAAAAUAGAGAAGAAGUCGAGGAUUCGGAAGGUAGAGAAGAAGAGCCGAUGUUUGGCCCAGGCCGGAAAAGAUACCGGGUAGGAACGAGGGACAGUUUCGUAGCAAGUUCAAGGCUGAAGCGGUGAGGAGGCUGGCAAGCUGGAUCCGUGGGACGUGGACGAACCGAGUGUCGAGAGUGCGUGCUCGCCUGGAUGAAGAGUUGCAUUAAAUGAGUGGACGAUAGGAAGACACGAGCCUCACACGAUAGACAGGUAGCUCGAAAGAGAGGAAAGAGGUUUUCAAAGCGCAGAGAGAUUGGACGUCUCUAUAUCGGAUUCGCUUACUGCAGGCUUUAACUGUCACCUGAUCUAUCGCGGCCGAACGAAAUUCGACAGGAUGAAAGGAUAAUGCAACUACUGGCCAGAAGAUAACGCGACCGUAUGCGAUGGCGAGAAAUAUUUAACGAAAAAGGUGGAAAAAGUGCGUAGCCUCGAUAAAUAAGCAAGUCCGAUGUAUCUAUUGGUUCCCAUCGUCUUCGAUUUUUUCGCCCAAUCUGAAUAAAACGGCUUAACUCGCAAGUUCCAAAAAAUGGCCUUGAUAUGGUAUAUUGGGAUUAUUGCGAUCCUAGUUUUAGACAAAGCAUGGGCAGAUUUUAAAGUUUCAACACAAGAUCUAACAGUUCACGUAGAUGAACAAGAAGUGUUUGAGUUAUACCUGACGGAAAGCAUAUCGGAUGCAUUGGUAACAAUAGAAGUUCAACAUCCAGAUCUAGUUUCUACUAAUCCAUCCAAUUUCACUAUUACUGAAAACAAUACACAGCACACGUGGACUAUAAUUGCGAAGGGUCAUAGUGCAGGACACUCUAUUGUUAAUAUUAAUGUGGAUCCCAAAAAUAUCACAGAUUUUUCACAAGCAUUUGUCAGAGUGACAGUUGAAAAAUCAGUCAUACUUUACCACAUAAGUGCUGUAGUAGGAUGGAUAUACUUUUUAGCUUGGAGCGUAAGCUUCUAUCCACAAAUAUAUAGUAAUUACAAACGAAAAAGUGUUGUAGGAUUAAAUUUUGAUUAUUUAUCAUUAAACAUUGUUGGGUUUAUUAUGUAUGCUCUUUUCAACUGUGGUCUGUUUUGGAUACCAGAAGUUGAGCUCGAAUAUUUUAGAAGGUAUCCAAAAGGAUUAAAUCCUGUACAAGUGAAUGAUAUUUUUUUCGCUUUGCACGCAACAUUUGCGACUGUGAUAACUAUUAUUCAGUGCUUUAUUUAUGAGACAGGAAAUCAGAGGGUAUCUAUCACCGCACGUAUUAUUCACGGAAUAUUUGCCGUCUUUAUCGUAAUUUCCAUGAUAUUAGCUAUAGUGAAAACAAUAACAUGGCUCAACUUUUUGUAUUAUUGUAGUUACGUUAAAUUAAGCAUAACGUUAAUUAAAUAUGUUCCACAAGCAUAUUAUAAUUAUAAAAGAAAAUCCACCGUUGGUUGGAGCAUUGGUAAUAUAUUUUUGGACUUCACUGGUGGUAUUUUGUCAAUGUUGCAGAUGAUACUUAACGCAUACAAUUACGAUGAUUGGGAAAGUAUUUUUGGAGAUCCCACAAAAUUUGGUUUAGGAUUUUUUUCAGUCGCGUUUGAUAUAUUUUUCAUUAUACAACAUUAUGUUCUAUAUAGAGUAGGUAACCAGAAUGCAAGAAAUAACGAAAUACUGCAUAAACAAGAGAAUUCAUAUGACGAAGAUUCGGGAACACUUACGAAAGAUGUAUGGUGUUGUGGUUUUCUAACUCAAAAAUAGAAGUAUAAUAGGAAUAUAAAUCCUACAAACUUCAUUUCGGCAGAAAUGAAAG